AUGACAGGACCAGCUAUUGGAAUUGACUUGGGUACCACAUACUCAUGUGUGGCGGUAUACAAAGACAAUAACGUAGAAAUUAUCCCAAAUGACCAAGGAAACAGAACAACACCAUCAUACGUAGCAUUCACUGACACCGAAAGGCUGAUCGGUGAUGCAGCAAAAAAUCAAGAAGCACGUAACCCAGAAAACACAAUUUUCGACGCAAAGAGGUUAAUUGGUAGGAAGUUCGAUGAUAGAACAGUCCAAGAAGAUAUGAAGCACUGGCCAUUUAAAGUAACCAACGGACCCAACGGAAAGCCGAACAUUGAAGUGACCUUCCAAGGUGAAAAGAAAACCUUCCACGCAGAAGAGAUAUCCUCAAUGGUGUUAACCAAGAUGAAGGAAAUAGCAGAAUCGUUUUUGGGAAAGAGCGUUAAGGACGUCGUCAUCACAGUCCCAGCAUACUUCAAUGACUCACAAAGACAAGCAACCAAAGAUGCAGGAACAAUUGCAGGACUGAACGUCAUGAGGAUUAUUAACGAACCAACAGCAGCAGCCAUAGCAUACGGUUUAGAUAAGAAGGGCGGCGGCGAAAAGAACGUUUUGAUAUUCGAUUUGGGAGGUGGAACCUUCGAUGUUAGCAUAUUGACAAUAGAAGACGGUAUCUUCGAAGUCAAGGCCACAGCAGGUGAUACCCACUUGGGAGGAGAAGAUUUCGACAACCUCUUGGUCGAACACUGUGUCCGCGAUUUCAUGCGCUUGAACAACGGAAAGAACAUCUCAUCCAACAAGAGAGCACUAAGAAGAUUAAGAACACACUGCGAACGCGCAAAGAGAGUACUCUCAAGCUCAACCCAAGCGACCAUAGAACUCGAUUCAUUGUAUGAAGGAAUUGACUACAACACCACCAUCAGCAGAGCAAGGUUCGAGGAGCUUUGUAACGAGAAGUUCAGAAGCACAUUGGUACCAGUGGAGAAGGCACUCGAGUCGUCAGGACUCGACAAGAGAAGCAUCCACGAAGUUGUGCUAGUAGGAGGAAGCACCAGGAUCCCGAAGAUACAAACACUAAUCAAGAAUUUCUUCAACGGAAAGGAACCAUGCAGGUCAAUUAACCCAGACGAAGCAGUAGCAUACGGAGCAGCAGUCCAAGCUGCUAUCUUGUCCGGAAACCAAUCUGAGAAGAUCCAAGAAUUGCUCCUGUUGGAUGUAGCACCAUUAUCACUCGGUUUGGAAACAGCAGGUGGUGUAAUGACUGUUUUGAUCAAGAGAAACACAACAAUUCCAACCAAGAAGAACCAGAUAUUCACAACCAACGAAGACAGACAAGAGGGUGUGCUGAUCCAGGUCUUUGAAGGAGAAAGAGCAAUGACCAAGGACAACAACUUGCUCGGAAAGUUCCACCUCACAGGAAUAGCUCCAGCACCCAGAGGAGUGCCCCAAAUAGAAGUCACCUUCGACAUCGACGCAAAUGGAAUCCUCAACGUCACAGCCAUGGACAAGUCGACAGGAAAGUCAGAACACGUUACCAUCACCAACGACAAGGGACGCCUGAGCCAAGAGGAAAUCGACAGAAUGGUUGAAGAAGCAGAAAAGUAUAAGGAAGAGGAUGAGAAGCGCAGAAGGUGUGUAGAAAGCAGACACAAGCUUGAAAACUACUGCUAUAGCAUGAAAAACACGCUCAGUGAGGACCAAGUGAAGCAGAAGUUGGGAGCAGACGAAGUGGACAGUGCACUUAGCACAAUCACAGACGCACUCAAAUGGGUAGAAGCAAACCAAUUAGCAGAGCACGACGAAUACGAAGAUAAGCUCAAACACGUUGAAGGAGUCUGCAACCCACUGGUGACUAAGUUGUACCAAUCAGGAGCAGCACCAGGUGGACCAGAUAUGAGUGGAGGAUUCCCAGGAGGAGCUGCUCCGCCACCACAGUCUUCGGGCCCAACUGUAGAGGAGGUGGAUUAA